UUUUUUUUUUUUUUUUUAAGCCUUUAAUUUUCCUUUUGUCAACAGAAGAAAUUUUCUUAGCAAUUGAAUUUUCCUCUGGGGGCAGGAAGAGUUAGUUAUGGUGCUGCAAGACAGCACAGUAUCACCACGGAAAACUUAUCCGUGUGGUUGCUGCUGACGCGAAGGACAGGCAGAUACGCUUCGGGUCAGAGGAGCCCCAGCCCUGCACGCUGUGAUCCGGGGCUGCCGUUUGAAGGGUGGAGGGCUUGUUAGGAACCGUUGUCUGGGCUGGUGGAUGCUGAGGAGGCUUUGGCGUGCAGGCACCCGAAGUCCCCAGGCCAAGAAGAUGACAAUCUACAAAGACAAGGCAGGAGCGUGAUGAGGAGGGAAGCGGAGGGAAGGAGGGGGAAAAGUGACUUAUCCCAGCUUUUCUCUGUAAUUUAGGCCAAAGCCCAGUUCUGUGACUGGCCUCUGAUCUGUGCCAGCUGCCCCCUCUCCCUGCCCAGCCUUGGGGAGGCUGAUGGUCCUGGGGUCGAGAAGCCGUGCGUAUUUGGAGAGGACAGGAUUGGGAAGUUCGUUCGCUUAAAUCGAGUAUAAUCACAGGUGGCAGUUGCUGUUUACUGCAGAAGCAAUUUCCUGUUGGUUCGUCUGGGUUCCUGCUCAGCCUUCGCUCCCCUGUGUCGUGUCCUGCCCGUGUUGCAGAUGCUUUGGCUCGACAUCACCCUGGUACCCGGGUGCCUCUGCGAGCCCUUCCAGGAAAGAUGGCAAGGCUGGCUCUCCGCGCUUGUGUUUUGCCCUCCGCUCGGCUCUUUCCUGAGGGAAUGUGAAGACGUUUAGGGUCUUGCCCAGGAUUAUGUUGGAAUUUGGAAGCUUGGAAGCAAAAGACAAAGCCGAGUUGCUGGGGGAUGUGAUUCUGGAGGUGCCCAGCGCGGUCCCACUUCGAUCCCCGAGUGCCCGCGCAGGAGCGGGUGCUGCGUCUCCGGGCAGAAGGGGUGGGCAGGCUCUUCACGGAGCUGCUUUGCGCAUCCAGAGACAACGUUGGGACGCUGGGGCAGGAGCUGGUGCCCAAGCACUGACCGAGGGAGAAAGUCGGAGCGCUCCCGGCUGCGAAGUGAAGCGUUUCGGGAUGGCGGGCAGCUGCAUGGGUGCUGGCAGCCAGCAGCUGUUGGUGCUGCGUCCUCCACAUCCGCGUCUGCCCUUCCGGGUGGUUUGAACCCAAUGUAAAUGUGUCGGAGGUGCUGAGACUUGCAGCGUGAGCGGCUCACAGAGGGAUGGGAAGGAAUUUGGGUCCCUUCCCAGUGGAGGAGAGCAGCAUCUGUCUAAAGGCGUGGGAAGGUUUAAGAGCAGCCGAUGCUGGUUGCUCUGAGAUCCGUUCUCCCUCCCGCCUGCAGCCGUUAAUCUUGUUAUCUGAAUUGCAAACUCUGACACAGGGACUUUCCCCACCCCGGCCUCCGUCAGAGGAGUCUGUUGUCUGUGCCUGCUCUGUGGAAGCAAAGAACCCAUCCACACGUGGAGCUGAUUUAUCGGCUGAUUUUCCCGGUGUCCAGGUUCUGGCAUCGGUGAUGAGCAAUGGGGUAUGAUGUAGCACGUUUUCAGGGGGAUGUUGAUGAAGACCUUAUAUGCCCCAUCUGCAGCGGGGUCCUGGAGGAGCCGGUUCAGGCUCCUCACUGCGAGCACGCCUUCUGCAAUGCCUGCAUCACCCAGUGGUUCUCCCAGCAGCAGACGUGCCCCGUGGACCGCAGCGUGGUGACCGUUGCCCACCUCCGCCCCGUCCCGCGGAUCAUGCGUAAUAUGCUCUCGAAGCUGCAGAUCACUUGCGACAACGCUGUUUUCGGCUGUACGGCGGUCGUGCGACUCGACAACCUGAUGUCUCACCUCAACGACUGCGAGCACAAUCCAAAGCGCCCGGUGACUUGCGAGCAGGGCUGCGGCUUGGAAAUGCCCAAAGACGAGCUGCCAAACCACAACUGCAUCAAGCAUUUAAGGUCUGUGGUGCAGCAGCAGCAGACGAGAAUCGCUGAGCUGGAGAAGACCUCGGCAGAGCACAAGCACCAGUUGGCCGAGCAGAAACGGGACAUUCAGUUGCUGAAGGCCUACAUGCGCGCCAUCCGCAGCGUCAACCCCAACCUGCAGAACCUGGAGGAGACCAUCGAGUACAACGAGAUCCUGGAGUGGGUGAACUCCCUGCAGCCGGCGCGGGUGACGCGGUGGGGGGGCAUGAUCUCCACGCCGGACGCGGUGCUGCAGGCCGUCAUCAAACGCUCGCUGGUGGAGAGCGGCUGCCCCACGUCCAUCAUCAACGAGCUGAUCGAAAACGCCCACGAGCGCAACUGGCCGCAGGGUCUGGCCACGCUGGAGACGCGGCAGAUGAACCGGCGCUACUACGAGAACUAUGUGGCCAAACGCAUCCCCGGCAAACAGGCCGUGGUGGUGAUGGCCUGCGAGAACCAGCACAUGGGCGAGGACAUGGUGCUAGAGCCGGGACUGGUGAUGAUAUUUGCACACGGAGUGGAGGAAAUCUAAGGACUUUUGGAAGAGAAACGCUUCGUGCUGACGAGGAAGAGGAGGGGGAAGGCGGAGACCCGGGGGGAAGCCGCUCAAAACUGCUGGCGUUCCCUGGGCGCCGCCACGGUUUUCUUAGGGCACUGUUCCCUCGAACUUCCCUCUUCCCAGCUGAAACGAUUAAACGCCUCUGGUAAAUACGACCCAAACCCUCGGCCCCGCGGCCGGCACACGCUGCCGCCCCCGCCACGUUCGCCCCUUGCAGAUCGGCUUCCCCCUUCCGUGUUUUUCGAGGAGAGAAGGAGCCACCGCUCCACACGUACUGCCAGACCCUCGGCCCCCCUUUCCCGGGAGCCGCUGCCUCUCCCGGCGCCCGUCCCCUGCUCCAGCCCAAGCCCAGGGACCCAGCUCAGCUCUCGCUGCGGACAGACCCCCCCACCCUCCCCAUCCCGGCAGAAUCCUCCCCAGCAUUCCUCUCCCUCCCUGGAUUUUCCGCCUCGCUCUCCGGCAUCUCUUUGCCAUCGUCUCCCCAAGACCUUGUCUCCCAGCGGGCGGCACCGGGCUCCGCUCCCCCCUCCACGGGCUGGGGAAGGGGCUGUCGGCGUCGCCUCCCCCCCCACCGUGGCCCCUCCUGACCCUGUGGCCAAACCAGCUGCCAACGAGCCCCCGCUGCCACCAAUGGGGGGGCUGGGCGCUGGGGACCCCCCCACCCCGCGCCCCUCUCCCUGUGCAUGCCUCCCCCCGGGAGAGGCCGGACGCCGUCCUGCUCCGUGUUUGCCGGUGUUUGGCUCCGCUUUCUCUGCUCCUCCUGGUGUUACUUUUCCAGACACUCAUGAUUGUGGUUCUGUAUCUUUUUUUUUUUUAAUUGUUGUUGGGUUUUGGGGUUUUUUUGUGUACUUUUGGGCCUUUUCUCGUUUUUAUUUCCCCCCUUUUAUUUUAUUUUUGAAGUACCGUGGGCAGGCGCCUCGAGAGCCUGGUUGCGGGGAAUUUAAUUUAUUUGCAUUUUUUUUUGUUUUGUUUUUGUUUUUUGUUUUUUUUUUGUUGUUGUUUUUUUUUUUUUUUACAAUCCUUUCCCCUGCGGCCGGCGGCGGUGGUGGGGGGGCGGAUUUCAGUGAUCAAUAAACAGUGUUUAUUGCUUUA